GUGAAUGCAGAUAAGAUUGGACGGCUGUGAUUUUCGUUUCAAUAUCAACUAAAUAAUAUGUGUACCGUCGGAUUCUUUUCCUAUUUAUAACUUUUCGUCAACGGUCAAAAGUAAACAUGCCACGUCAGCUAAGAAGUGUAGAUAUUUCCUUUUGUAGCCUUCCCAUGCCCAUAAAGUUCCAGAAACCUCUAAAUGCAAAAACCCUAAAGCACUGAGAAAGCUUGAAUCUUUGGUUGAAUCAUGGCAAUGGCCGUUCCUCUUAGUACUCCUCCUCAAUCUCCCGGUAUGAUUCUUCUCAAAUCUCGUUCAGAUUUCCACUUUACGUCACUGAUUCUUCUCAUUUCUCUGAUUUGUUUGGUUUUUCUCUCUUUUAAUGUUGGAGAAAGCAGAAGGUUUUUACGCAAUCAACAACCAGUUUCUGACGUCUGGGCCAAAAGGGUUCACUGAGUUCAAGAUGCUGGUAAAUGAAGACAUGUUCGUGAGAAUGGAUUUGCCUGGAGUUCCUGAAGAAGGCGUGAGGGUUUUUCUUGACCCAUUUUUGUUGGUGAUAACCAUUCAGGUAAGCUUUUCUUUUCUUCAAUCAAAAUUCUUACAUAGUCAAAUUUCGUUGCAACAUAUCAAUACAUCCUCAGAGACUUGUUCUAAGACAAAACCAAACAAACUAAGUAGGAUCUGUUACGGAGUCAACCAAGAAUUGGAAACAUUUCUUGCUGGCCCAGGUUUCCGUGAAGAUCUCCGUGGCACCGAUCCAAAUGGUAUCCUCCUCUUCAACUUUAUGUGUGGAUCAGACCCGGCGUUAACCGGUCCGGUAUUGCAGCCACAUCCAAUGGCGUUCCCACUAACGACUAUGGCCUAUGAGUCGAAGCAGCUCCCAGACGGCAAACUACACGUGCGCGUAGACAUGCCGGGUGUUCCCAGUGACAACUUCACUGUCUCUGUCACGAAUGGGCGAGUGAAGGUGACAGGUGAAGCUCCUGCCGUUGGCCACCACUCAAGUGGCCGUUUCUACUCUGGUGACGUUGCUAUGCUCUCCACUCCUGUUGACAUUCCCAGCCAUCGGAUCGAGACCAUCGCCAAGAACGGUGUGAUUGGUCUCCUUAUCCCUCCAUUUUGCUGAUGAUUUCAUGAUGAAACUUUGACUUUUCUAGAGUGGACCUUUUAUCUGGGAUUGUGUCGUUUGUUUUUGUGGAUCAUGUCGUUUUAUGUUUUAUCAGUACUUUGGAUAUGUCUCUACGAUUUCAUGAUGAAACUUACUUUCAUACUAACUCUGGAAUUGGUCGUGCAAAGAAGAUAUUGAGCUGUCAAAAAGGAGGGUCUAGGUUUUUACUAUCAAUGAGGGAAAUACCUAAGACAAUGAGUGGGGACAAACAACAGCUUGAUUCAAGAAAACUCUUUAACAUUGGGUCCAUAUCAAAUGCAAACUGUGUUAAAAUCUACCACAUUUCCUGUACAGGCUUAGGGAAACAAUCAAGAAAAGACUAGCUGUGUAACCUAUUAGGCACUGAAACCUUCCAGGACCUGUGACAAUUAGGACGGGACAAUAGACUGUGAUGUCUGCAAAACGCACUCUAAACUAUGAUCCAUGAUUCUAUCAGCACAAAUGAAGUACUAUGCAAUAGCCAGGUUUACAAACGUGUACUAUUACUUUUUAGCAGGAAGCAAAGCAAUAAACUAUCACCAAAUUCACUUCACAUCCUUUCCUCUUUUUCUAUCUGUUGAAACAUCUAUACACAUAUAUUCAAUUACAUACUCUUCUUCUGGAAACAAUACGUUGCAGUGCCUGUUCUAGUUGGAACCAAUGGGAUUAUCAGCUACCAACCCAAUGCUGAAACAAGUAACUUUCAGGGUCUAAAUGCUACCAUCAAACUAACAAACAACCAUGCUUCACUAAAAUUUUAAGUAUGCUAAAGGCCAGGACCUGUUAACCCAUUGAUGCCAACAUCCUCAAAUAUCUAUCACACUCAAAACCAUCUACCAUGAUUCUAUCAA